CAGAAUGCUUUGUCUCCAGCACAGUAGCGGGCCAGUGGCUCCCGAACGACCAGUCCAUGGGCGAGAUGCAGAUAAUUGGAGGCGAUGAUCUUUCAACACUGGCUGGAAAGAAUGUCCUCAUUGUUGAGGAUGUUGUUGGAACCGGGAAGACCAUGCGAGCGCUGCUCAGUAGCAUAGAGAAAUACAAGCCCAACAUGAUUAAGGUAGCCAGUUUGUUGGUGAAGAGAACACCUAGAAGUGAUGGCUUUAGACCCGACUAUGUUGGAUUUGAGAUUCCAAACUUAUUUGUGGUGGGUUAUGCCUUAGAUUACAAUGAAUACUUCAGAGAUCUGAACCACAUAUGUGUGAUCAAUGAACAUGGCAAAGAAAAGUAUCGAGUCUAAAGGAGUAAAUUCUCACCAACGAAUCUCCAGAUAACAUCAUACUUACGACUAUAGUCGGAAAGCCAGCAUGUAAAGUUUGUCUCCCCAGGCAUCUUCACUCAGCAGGAGAUAAAAGAAAAAAAAAAUGUUUUAAUGAGAGAAGUUUCUUUUCUGAGGUUAUAACAUAAAGAAUACCAAAGGUUCUUAAGGAAAAUUAAGCAGUGUUUUUAUUUGACUUGCUCCAAAUUAAAUACUCCACCUUGUGACUCAUGCGUUCUAUCUACCUUCACACUCCAGAACUUCACCUUCUUUUAUUCCGAUACAGUUAUUAUGCUUGAUGACUAUACCCCCAUCUAGUUACUCAAAUAUUUUUCACUUAACUUUUUUUUUUUUUAAUAUUCCAUUUUGGUAAUAUUUUGCAAUCUGGAGAAACUGGAAGCCUUUUCAGUUAAGCUCCGAACGCAAAUCCUGGGAAUGCAACUAGAUUCCCAUACUCAAAAAGGAGGGAAAGGACAAUUUAAUAUAAAUUUCUGUUUGUGCAUUUCUGGCAGGCCAUUACUAUUUGCUUUGACAAAGCCUUUUUGAACUGUAGCAUAUAAUGAAUCUUAAUGAUGUUAUGAAAUGAGCCUUUGCUCAGUGCUGUUGAUCGGAGCUUCCGGUAUGUGAUAACGGUAUGUCAUGCAUGCAUGGAUGUACUCAACUGUGUUUAAUACUCUGAAUUUUAAUUAGAAAAAGUACAAUGGCAGCAAGGCCCUCGUUUCUAAGCUGCAUCGUUUUAUUCAUGUGGGACAUGAGCAAAUGGCAGAAUUCGUGGGGCGGGGGGUUCAAUUCAAAACUAAGCAAGUAUGAGUUUUUCCUCUUAUUUACAUCAAAGGACAAGACACUAUUAUAUAUUAUCAUCAACACGAACACAGAGGUUGAAUUAUUUUUUUGAGUGGUCUUAGAAUCUGACAGCCGACAGCCCAAGGCACCACAGAAAACCAGCACACUUAAGAAAGUUGUUUUCUGAAUAACAUUUUUUCCAUUUCCACUGUUUUAUGAGAUGUUUUCUAAUUUAUGGGGAUUUUAAUUGAAAAUGAACUCGAGUGCCAAUAGAACUGUUUUCUUCUCACUUCCUAAAAGGAAAAAAUGCAAAAUAAAUAGCUAAGCAGCCUUUGUUUGGUUCUGAACCAUUUGUGACAUAUUAUUAUCAGGUUCUAGCUUCCUUUAAACUAAUAAAGAAUAAAAAACCUUGUUACGUUUCA